AUUUGCCGCUCAAUGUCUCUCUGUAAUUGGAGCAACAUCACUUUAAAGGUUCAGAGAGUACAGCAUUUCUGGUGAAAAAUCCCCACAACACGGCGCUGAAUGUUUUAAAGGGAAAUCUAUUAGUGAUUUGCGGAGGGGCGGGGAGGAGGCGGCGGGGGGUGGGGGGAGGCGCGGGCUCCCGGCCGGCCCCGAGUGAAGUGGGGGGCUCGCCCGGGGCCCCUGCCUCGGGCCCAGGCCCCAGCCCGCUGCCGCUGGGCCCUGGGCGGCCCCUCCCUCCCUCCGUCCCUCCCGCUGCCCCCCCCAGCCCGUCUUGUUGUGACAGUUCCUGAUACUGUUUAUUGAGGUGCAUGUCAGGUAUAAUUAGCAAUCGAUAUGGAAAACGUUUCCCUGCACCCAGCACGCCUCUGACGUCAGAGCCGAUUAGCGCUUCUUAUUGGUCCCAAAUUCCCCGGGCCGCGGCUAAUUAUCGGGAGCUUGAUGUUGAUAAGUAAAGCGCCGGAGUGCGGGCGAAGCAUGUGUGGGGCUCCGGGUCCCUGUCUCCGCCGCCGCCGCCGCCGCCCGCGCCUCCCGCCGCUGGCCCGCCCCGGCCCCGGCCCGCGCCCCAGCGCCCCGCCGCCGGCCCCGCCGGCCCCCCGCGCGAGAUGAUGGACGGCCGCCUCCUGGAGCACCCGCAUGCCCAGUUCGGGGGCUCGCUGGGCGGCGUGGUGGGCUUCCCCUACCCGCUGGGCCACCACCACGUGUACGAGCUGGCCGGCCACCAGCUGCAGUCGGCCGCCGCCGCCGCCUCGGUGCCCUUCUCCAUAGACGGCCUGCUAGGCGGCUCGUGCGCCGCCGCCGCCUCGGUGGUCAACCCCACGCCGCUGCUGCCGGCCGCCUGCGGGGUCGGCGGGGACAGCCAGCCCUUCAAGCUGUCAGACUCGGGGGACCCGGACAAGGAGAGCCCGGGCUGCAAGCGGCGGCGCACCCGCACCAACUUCACAGGCUGGCAGCUGGAGGAGCUGGAGAAGGCGUUCAACGAGAGCCACUAUCCCGACGUGUUCAUGCGCGAGGCGCUGGCGCUGCGCCUAGACCUGGUCGAGUCCCGAGUUCAGGUCUGGUUCCAAAACCGCCGGGCCAAGUGGAGAAAGAAGGAGAACACGAAGAAGGGCCCGGGGCGGCCCGCGCACAACUCGCACCCGACCACGUGCAGUGGCGAGCCCAUGGACCCGGAGGAGAUCGCGCGCAAAGAGCUGGAGAAGAUGGAGAAGAAGAAGCGCAAGCACGAGAAGAAGCUGCUGAAGAGCCAAGGCCGCCACCUGCACUCGCCCGGCGGCCUGUCCCUGCACAGCGCGCCCAGCUCCGACAGCGACAGCGGCGGCGGCGGGCUGUCUCCGGAGCCUCCCGAACCGCCGCCGCCCGCCGCCGCCAAGGGCCCCGGAGCGCACGUCUCGGGCGCCGCGGGAACCGCGCCCGCCCCUCCCGGAGAGCCGCCUGCGCCCGGCACCUGCGACCCCGCCUUCUACCCGAGCCAAAGAAGCAGCGCCGGCCCGCAGCCGCGCCCAGGCCGCCCUGCGGACAAGGACGCAGCCUCGUGCGGGCCCGGUGUGGCGGCGGCGGAGCGCGGCGCGGCGGGGCUGCCCAAGGCCAGCCCGUUCAGCGUGGAAAGCCUCCUGUCCGACUCGCCGCCGCGCCGGAAAGCGGCAACCAACGCCGCCGCGGCCGCCGCCGCGGGGCUGGACUUCGCGCCUGGGCUGCCGUGCGCGCCGCGGACCCUGAUCGGCAAGGGCCACUUCCUCCUCUACCCCAUCACGCAGCCGCUCGGCUUCCUGGUGCCGCAGGCCGCGCUCAAGGGCGGCGCUGGCCCGGAGCCGGCGCCCAAGGACGCGCCGCCCGCGCCCGCCGCGCCGCCAGCGCCGCCCGCCCAGGCCAGCUUCGGGGCCUUCUCGGGGCCCGGCGGCGCACCGGACUCGGCCUUCGCGCGCCGCAGCCCCGAUGCCGUGGCCUCCCCAGGGGCCCCCGCCCCGGCGCCUUUCCGGGACCUCGCCUCGGCUGCGGCGACGGAGGGCGGCGGCGGGGACUGCGCGGACGCGGGGACGGCCGGCCCCGCGGCCCCGCCGCCCUCGCCGCCCUCGCCGUCUCCCGGCCCCGGCCCACUGGCUCCCAGCCCCGCCGGGGAGCCGACCAACUGCGGGGUCCCCGAGCCUGGGUCGGCGGCCGGACCCAGCCUGCCCGAGGGCGAGGAGGUGGACAUGGACUGAGGCCGCGGCGGCCGGGAGAGGCGCGUAGCCGGCCCGCGGCUGCUCGCUCAGGCUCCGACUCACGCAACGAAUCAGGUGAUCGGCUCUAGAAACACUGCUUUUCCCUCUUUUCUUUUGUUUUCUUCCUUUUAUUAUUUUUAUAAGAGUAAACAAAAGCGCUGUAUCAAUUCGGACCCAGGCAGCAACCACAGGACUGGGGGGUGAGACCCUCCUCCUCCCGAGGAAGCAAAAAGAACCCCUGCCCCCCCCAAAAAAACCCACAACAAGAAUCCUCAGCCUUGUAAAAUGCAAAAAUGUCUAAGAAUAUUUAUAUAUGUACCAUUUUUGAUAAAUAAAGCUGGUCAAACGCAA